AUCCUUCAGAAUAGGUGUCGGUCAUGUUCGUCAUGUUGGCAUGGGUUGUAUUAUGUUCGUCAGUGUUUGGGUUUGCCGAUAUUAUAUGUCUCACUAGAAUAAACAAACUGAAUUUCGAUAUAAGUUAAUUAAUGAACUGAUCGUGUUAUUUUACACGUGUGUAUAAUGAGAAUAAUUUUUAAAAUCCUCUUCCAUAAAUUUUUAUCACUUAAGAGGUUAUGUAGCAUUGUGGUAAUAGUUCUAAACGUUUCUUCAUAACCCGAAUCCAGUUUGUGUAUAUUAAAAGUGUUUGUGUUAAAUUCUCAUAACGAAGACGUUAACGAGACAAUGACCAAAGUCAAGAGUCUUUGUUAUAACGUUAGGCUUAUGUUUUCUUUUAAAGAAUGGAGGUGUAAGAGCAUGUUUUCAGUUACAAUUUCAAAAGUGAACAUCUGAUGACAGGGAUGGAAGGAGGGACAGACGGACGGAACUUGUACCGCUAUUUCCUCUGCAAACUAGAAUUUCACUGGUGUUCUUAAACAUUCAGACAAAACAAUAAUAGUAAUCGGUACUUAACCCCCCCCCCCCAACAUUUCAGCUCCACUGAACAGUCAGGUGAAGAAUCGCUAUUCUAAGGGUAGAGCUAAUUGGAAUCAGUUAAGUAGAUACUCGCUAAUUUUUAUAUGGAUCCAUCACUAGUGACUGAAACAUAUUAAAUUGUUAGACACUUCGAGAAUGUGGAUCUAUACAACCACAACUCAUACACCUUCACUGUAUAGUGCUUAAUACGUAAAGCACAAGGACAACUUAACUUUUACUUCAUAAAUAUGAAGUAUGAGGGUUGUUGUUGUACUUGGACAUUCUUGGACAACAGUCAGUGCAGAUUUGAAGGAAAGCAUACCAUUGAUGCAACAGGCAACACAUCCUCUUCAUGGAGCUCCAUAACCUCCUGCUGCACUCACACUGCCACUACUUUGCUGUUGGAAGUUUUGUUUGACCCAAAUCAAACUACUGUCACUGCUUUCUAGAGGGGGAGCCAAACACAUGGAAGUCAUACAAUGAUUGAACAAACAGCUUCCUUCAAAGGAGGGUCUUCAUUCUUUGUUGCCCUGAACAAAACUAAUUAAACCACUCUGCCUUCGCUGUCUUUGAGAGAUACACUUUUCCAUAUGAUGAUUGACAGCCUUCAGCACCACAGAACUCAGUGAGAGUUUAUUUGAACUGUUCGGGUGGAUUCUGCACUUGGAACAUGUCACUGUGCCCUUUUCCCCUACUGUGCUUGUUCUGUUAUGCAGCUUGGGGUCAAGUGCCAGUGUGUCAUUCGAACAGCCAUAUGGGUCAGUCUGUAUCGAACCAAUGCACAGUGUAGUACAUAUGUAACAUAUACACCCCCAGACUAGAAAAUGCAUACAUCAUAUUAAUGAUCGCAUAAUAACGAUCCAUAUCAUGAAAUACGCGCACCCAAAACAUCGCACAUUCAUAGCAACCUAUAUAUCACUGACACUUACCCGUGGUCUUCAUGACCUGGUUUUACUACGUGAAUGCUUCUGACAACAAGGAUCCACAAAUAGGAUAAUGUGCGUAAUACUACACUGUAGCACAUGAACCUUAGAAUUACCUUGGCAUACAUACACUUAAUAUUUUAAAUACCUUAAUAGUUUGUAAUAUAAUCAACAUACUUGUGUACACUUUUAAUACAUCCUACAUACAUUAUAUAUAUAUAUAUAUAUAUUUUUUUUAAUUUUAUUUUAUAUACUUAAUUGUAAUACUUAUUAACUUGAAGCAAAAUUUCUGUUAUCAUAUAGUAUGAGACAUGUUGCACUAGUAUGGAUCCAUAUUAAUAAUUCAAUGACUAGACAUAUUCCAUAUUAGCUGUUGGAUGAUUUGGAUGAUGGACCUUUGUGACCAAAACAUGUAGCAAAAUAAAGUUUUAAUUAUAAAUAUUGACAGCAAGUAUACAUCUGUUUUGGUGAUGGUUUAACAUGACAUAUAUUUUCUUUUCACACAGCCCUCAUGGUACUGGAGCAGAACACGAAUUUUAUAAAUCAAAGUGUUAUAAAUUAGAACAGUGGUAUUAACAUGUACAUCGGCAAAAAAUAGUAAUAAAAAAGUGUUCUGUUUCUAAAAGUUUUAAAAUUUAAAUUGAUGAAGGGUUGCUAUACUUCACAUUCAUAGUACUGGGAAUAUAAUGAAAUUUGUUAUUUCUUUUUCUGUUUUGUCAUUGAGCUGAUGCAAUUGAACCAAAAUAGUUGAAGCUUCUAGAAUCAGGGCUUUUGUUAUCCAGAUGCUAAUGAUGUUAACCCACUGUUCUCAUAAUAAAACGUAUCUCUGGAGGGAUGUGGGAGCUUCAUUUAUUUUAAGAAGUAUUGAAAUAUUUCAGUGCCACUUGGGCAGUUUGAAGGCUGAUGAAUCUGAUGUAAUCAUGAUUGAAACAUCAAAUUCAAAUCACACAUCCUAUAUACAACAAGAACUUUCUGUAAUAGUGAAGAUCUAUACUUUGGUCAUAUUUUUUUUUUUUUGUAAAUGCUGCCCAACCUUUCAAGAGUUGCUUAACUUAACCUCUCUGGUAGGUAAUCAGUGGCGAACAGUAUUUUUAUUUCCGCUGCAGUGCAGCACCAGUCUUUCCUCUCUCUUCUUAAGCUGCAACACUAUGAUAGAUUUUACAGAUGUACUAAUAGGGAAUGCAAACACAAGAUAAAUUAUUUUCAUAUGUCAUCCCCAUCACACUUCAUAGCCUGGUUCUAGAAUGCCUUAGUUGGUUGUCCACCCUUCCCUUGAUUUUACAGAGUUUGGCCACUCCAUUGGUUUGGAUUCCAAUGCCUUCUUUGUUAAUCUUGUUGCCUAAUUUUAUAUACAUUUUUCUGGAAGUUAAAUUCACAGACCUUAGUUUCACCAACAUUACUGGAAACUUUUUUUAUGUAUAUUUCACUGGUGACCUACAUAUGUGAUACCUAAACUCAAUGGACUUAAUGAAGGUUGAAUCUGGUUCAAGUAGUGAAAUAUAUCCAUCAUCUCACAAUGGAGGUCAGGUCAUUGACAUAAAAGUUGAGGCCUCGGAUACUGAAGAAGUGGAGGAUCCUCUGCUUAUAACAUUACCAGGAAUAAAGGCUGAAAGUGAGAACUGUGUGGAUUUUGUGAAGGUGGAACCUGGUUUGAUUAGUGAGACAUCUUCUUCUCAUGAUGAGAAACAGAUCAAUAUAAAAGUUGAGGAGAACUCAGACACUCAGGAGUUGGAGGAUCCUCUGCUAAUAACAUUACCAGGAAUAAAAGUUGAAUGUGAGAACACAUUGAAUGAACAUCAGUUUGCACAUGAUGUGGACCGUCCAUACUCCUGUGAUGUGUGUAAUAAGUCAUUCAGUCAGCAGAGUUAUCUGAAGUCACAUCGACGGAUACAUAGUGGGCAGCGUCCAUAUUCUUGUGGUGUGUGUAAUAAGUCCUUCACUCAACAGAGUUAUCUGAAGACACAUGAACGCAUUCAUAGUGGAGAGCGGCCGUAUUCCUGUGAUGUGUGUAAUAAAUCAUUCAGUCAACAGAGUAAUCUGAAGUCACAUCAAAACAUACACAGUGGGCAGCAUCCAUAUUCCUGUGAUGUAUGCAAUAAGUCGUUCAGUCAGCAGGGCAAUCUGAAGUCACAUCAACGCAUACACAGUGGGCAGCGUCCAUAUUCUUGUGGUGUGUGUAAUAAGUCCUUUACUCAGCAGAGUUAUUUGAAGUCACAUCAGCGUAUACACAGUGAGCAGCACCCAUAUGCCUGUGAUGUGUGUAAUAAGUCAUUUAGUCAACAGAGUUACCUGAAAUUACAUCAACGCAGACAUAGUGGGCAACGUCCAUAUUCUUGUGAUGUGUGCAAUAAGUUAUUCGGUCAGCACAGUUACUUAAAGAUACAUCAACGCAUUCAUGUUGGGGAGCGGCCAUUUUCCUGUGACAUUUGUAAUAAAUCAUUCGGUAGGCGAAAUGAUCUGAAGACACAUCAUCGUGUACAUAGCGGGGAGCGGCCAUUUUCCUGUAAUGUGUGUAAUAAGUCAUUCAGUGAGCUGAGUACAUUGAGACAACAUGAACGCUUACAUAGUGGGGAGCGGCCAUUUUCAUGUAGUGUGUGUAGUAAGACAUUCAGUAGGCGGAGUGAUCUGAAGAAACAUGAUCACAUACAUAGUGGGGCACGGCCAUUUUCCUGUAACUUAUGUAACAAGUCAUUCAGUCAGCAGAGCACACUAAAGCAACAUCAGCGUACACACAGUGGUGAGCGACCAUUUUCUUGUAACAUGUGUAAUAAGUCAUUCGGCCGACGUAGUGAUCUAAAGACACAUUGUCGCAUACAUGAUAGGGAGCAUCCAUAGUUAAAGAUAUGUGUAAAAAAUCUCUCCAUUGGCUGCAGUUACAUACAGGGUGACCCAGGUGUUUGGUGCCAUACUUCAGGAGUGUACUGAGGGUUCCCUAUAGAACAACUUUGAAAUAGGAACCCAUGUCUGCAAACAAAAUAGCAGUGCUAGAGCAGCAUUUAAUAUCAUUUUGUUUAAACUUGGCGCCUCAACAUCGAAGAGCACGCACAGGCAUAUUACCCCCUCCAAACUCUUAAGGCUCACCUGCUAGAGUAGAUGUUGGAAUUGGCGCCCUCUGUUUUCAAUGCAUGCGUUACAUCAAUGAAAAAACUUUGGUGCACCCUUUCAAAUAUUCCAGUUGUCUCACAGAUCACGUCACAUGCAACAAGUAUUCUGGCCAACAGCUCGAAUUCA